UUACCCAAAAUAGAAAUCCGGAUGGUAUAGAAACGACACGGCCAUCGAUAUUGUUCUCCUUGCCAAGAAUAGCCCAGACGACCUUAUAGAAGAAGAAGAAGAAGAAGAAGAAGCAAAGAAAUGCCGAAGAGAACAACGCAUACGUACUCGAGCGAGGACGCGGCUCCGGAUGGACCGGACUCCGAUCUCUUUGUCUACUACUGCAAGCACUGUGGCUCUCACGUCCUCAUAACAGAUACCCAGUUGCAGAAAAUGCCCAAAAGGAAGACUGACAAAGCAUAUGUGUUAGACAAGAACAAGCAUCUUGCGAGGUUGAACAUUAACGAGGCAGGAAAAGUUCUCUUGAAACGGGGUGAAGGGAAACUGGAGAAGCAAUUCCGUAUGAACUGUAUGGGUUGUGGGCUCUUUGUCUGCUACCGCUCGGAAGAAGAUCUGGAAUUUGCUUCUUUUGUUUAUGUUAUUGAUGGUGCACUUAGUACAGUUGCUGCUGAAACUAACCCACAGGAUGCUCCUGUUCCACCCUGUAUAUCACAGUUAGAAGGAGGGCUUGUUCAAGUUGCGAUAGAAGUUGAAGACCGUGCCCAACGCUCAGCCAUCACAAGAGUGAAUGCUGAUGAUGUUCGUGUUACUGUGGCUGCACCUGCAGCCCGUGGGGAAGCUAACAAUGAACUGUUGGAAUUCAUGGGCAAAGUGUUGGGUCUGAGACUGAGCCAGAUGACUCUUCAGAGAGGGUGGAAUAACAAAUCAAAACUCCUUGUGGUGGAAGAUUUGUCUGCUAGACAGGUGUAUGAGAAACUUCUGGAAGCUGUGCAACCUUGAAGAUCCUUUUUGGUGCAAGAGUCUUUGAUUGUUUUGUGUUGGCAGUAAUGAGCCGUUUUGUAAUCCAAAUAUACCGUCAUUCAACUUCAUUAAGUUUAAUGAUUCUUUCUGUCCGUGUGCUUUUUUA